GCGGAGGGUGGCACAUUAGUGGAGUUCCACUCGAGUGAAACUGGCUUUUGUGAGCAGACAUUUUGGAUCCAUGCUAACCACUAUUGCCGCUGAAUGACCUUCGUCCCAUUUGAGCCACGAUGUCGCCAGUUUCAUUGAAGUUGUAAUGAAGCUGUAGACGUGAAAACAGCGCCAUUUCUGUCGGCGUCCAUGAUACGCUAUGCUACCGCAGCGGAUUCCAGAGCUGGAGCUCGGAUCGGCAGCGGGAGGAAAAUAACCGCUCCCCUUUCGCCGCUGCGUUACUACAGCCCGCGGCAGGUUGUGCUGGAGAGGUAAAAUGGCCUCCUGUGACUGAGACCAAACACUUUGUGUUUUCCUCAGCAGCUGAAUUAUCUCAGCAGCUUAAGCCAUGCCUGAUGACUAAAGAUCUCCCUUUUGCUCAAAGCAAUAAUUAAAAAAAAACUAAAAAAAAAACUAAAAAAAAACAACAACAAACAAAAAAAUCCCCUAUGCCUCUCCAUAUAGAGCCUCUUCAUUGCACCUUACAGGAGUGACUGCCCUGCCUGGGUCCCCCACCCUCUUCCAUCCUGCUCUACCAAAACCACAACUGAACAUGAAGCAGCUGUACCUGAGAAUGGCCCACACCUGAGGUCCCAUGCGUCCUGUGAGCACCGAUUCGGACGGCCCUGCUCCUCCUGAACACACCUCCUGCCCCUUUGCCCUUGUUGGCCCCCUGCCGGCCUCAGAGAUGUCCCUGCUCCAGUCGCUGGGCCCAGUGCAGAGCUGGCUCGGCCAGGAGCUGGAGAAGUGCGGGAUUGAUGCUAUGAUCUACACCCGCUAUGUCCUCAGCCUCCUCCUGCACGACAGUUAUGACUAUGACCUGCAGGACCAGGAGAAUGACAUCUUUUUGGGCUGGGAGAAGGGAGCUGGGAAGAAGUGGGGCAAGAGUAAGAAGAAAGGUGUGACUGAUCUGAGUCUGGAGGAAAUGAAGAAACAGGCUGCUGUCCAAUGCCUCCGCUCUGCCUCUGAUGAAAAUUCUGGAAUCGAAAGCUUGGUUGAGGAGCUCUGUUCUAAACUAAAGGACAUCCAGAACAAACAAAAAGAAGCUAAGCAGAUUCAUAAGAAAUCUGAUGGAGCUCAAUCACCAGAGCGUUCUGACUCUCCCUCCUCAAAGGACCAGGUGGAAAUGUAUUAUGAAGCCUUUCCUCCUCUGUCAGAGAAACCAGUCUGUCUCCAAGAGAUCAUGACCGUAUGGAAUAAGACAAAGACCUGUGCAUAUUCAAGUUCAUCAUCAGCAGCACCACAGACCAGUACAGACACUUCCUCCCCCAAAGAUUGUAACAGUGAUGGUGAGGCAACAAAAGAACAAAAUCUGGAGGCAUGUGGUUCCAUGACCACUGCAACAACUGAGAAAGGUCAACAACGACGGAGCAAAAAGGAGAAGGAGAACAGGUACCAGAGCGGGGCAACAGCAGAGGAGCGCCCCUCAAAGAGGCAGAUCAGACAUAGAUCUGAGGGCAAGUACAGGCCCCGAUCAUGGUCCUCCGGCUCCAGUGAGGCAGGCUCCAGCUCCAGUGGCAACCAGGGAGAGUCCAAGACAUCCAGGAGUAAAGCAGUCAGGGUCCGGCACAAGUCUAGGGAGGCUAUCAAGAAUAGAAGGACUCGAAAUAGUGGGCAAUCUAAGACCCAGGUGAAGGUCUCUGAGAAAGAUGAGAGGAGAAAUGCAGGGAGCAGCAGCAGUGCUAAUGGGGGCGCUGCCAAACAACCACAGCUUUAUAAAAGGGGCAAAAGACCGCUGAAAGAGAUCCGCAAAGAGACAGGCUGGGUGGAAGCAAAGGAGUUUGGACUGGAGGGCCGAAAAGAAUACAUGGAGGAGCCUCUGUGGUACACUGAGCCCAUCACAGAUUAUUUUAUACCUUUCAGCAGCAGACAAAGCAAGUUGGAAACAAAGUAUCGAAGCAAGGUUGACUCUUCAGAAGGGUUUGCCAUGUUAGCUGAUAUAGACGGGCUCCCUAAAAGAUUCCAGGGUAUCUGUAUCACUGAUGAGAGCUACCAGACAGCAUAUUUGGCUGCUGGUUCAUUCGUGGACGGGCAUUUUGUUGAAGGGCCUUGCGAAGCAGAAGAUGUAACUGCUGAAUUCACUGGGACCUCAAGCUGCCCUCAGCCAGAGGAUAGUACAAAUUUAGAUGACAAGCAUCUGCCAGAAUUCACUCACUUCUAUGAAGUUGAUAUUUAUCAAUCCAUAUUGGAUACUAGUGCCUCAGACUCAUUACAAGAGAGUCGAAUCUUAAGUAUGAUUCGACAAAAAAGUAUUGAGCAAAGAGACAUAGAGGCAGAAUGUUUAGUGUUAGAUGGCCUCGAGCAGCAAGGGGAAAGUGCAAUAAGGGCAAACUCACAAGAUACUUCAUGUUCUGUUGGGUUCUUAAUGCAGGAUCUAGAAAAUCUGGCGCAAGUCUGGGGAUGUUAUUCACCAUCUACUUCAGAUGAUAUAGAUGGAGAGAGCUAUAUUGAAGACUCUCCCAUUCGACUGUCUCCACUUGACAGUGUUUCUUUUACUCUGAGCAAGGUCUCUUCAAACCCAGAAGAGCCAUUUGUACCUGAAGCCACCAGUGAAGUUUCUGGUUUGAACACAUCCUGCUUCUCGCUGUUUGAGCUGCAGUAUGACAGCCCCACACUUCCCUUCCCCCGUGACACACUGACUGCAGGUCAUGAAAACACCGAUUCGAGUAGCUGUCUCGACCCACAUUCUAGCAAACAGUCUCGUUUGCUAAUAUGGACCAAAAAUAGUGCCUUUGAUGAAACAGAACACUGUUCGAACCUUUCAACACGAACUUGUAGUCCAUGGUCUCAUUCAGAAGAGACUCGAUCUGACAAUGAGCAGGGCAACACUCUGGCUGAAGAUGCUGCUCAAAUUGGAAAUGAGGAAAGCGAUUGCAUAAUGCCUCCUCUUUCUGGCACAUAUCUAGAGGAUGAAAUCUUGGACUUUUUACAAGAAGACUCUAGCCGAAAACAUGAGGACAUAAACGUCAGUGCUGCACACAGCCAUACCAAAAAAUCUAAACUAGAAUCCAUAUGUGGCAUAGCUUUGGAGGAGGAUGACUGCAAGCAGUACAGUGGUGGCAUAUUUUCAGACACAAACCAACAGUGUGACGACUACAGCUCAGGGAUAAUCAAAGACAUUUGGACUGCAAUUGGAGAAGAUGACUCUUUAAGGUCAAGGCAAAAAAAUGAAAAAACAAGCGAGGGACUGUUCUCAGAAGAGUCUAGUGCUUAUUGUUGCAGUUGUCUGGAGGUGCAAGCUAAAGGAGCUCCACUUCAGGGAGCUCAGAAAAAAGCUGUGCAGCGGUCAGAGUAUCACUUGUGGGAGGGAAACAAAGAUGAGCAAGACCUGGCCAAAAACAAACUCUCCAAGGUCAAUAACUCUGGGGAUUAUAUGACGCCGUCCAAACCCUGGGACGUCCACACUGACCGAGAGAACUCGUCUUUCAUUUUAGGAGGGGUGUAUGGAGAGUUGAAGACACUAAGUUCUGAUAAGAGCUGGGCUGUUAUGCCACCAACUCCAGGCCAGCCCAGUCUGCUCCAGUGUGCUGCUGCAGCUGCUUCAGGCUCAGACAUGCUCACCAUCACUGGCACUGAUGUCUUCAUGAACACAAGCGGCUGCUUUGCUCCGGGACACAGGCCCCUGUGGAGGCCUCUAGUGUCUUUUGGUCACAAUGACCAGGCCUUUCGAGGAGGAAGUGACACCAUAAACAAGGGGUUCUCUUUCAUCUUCCAUGAAGAUUUGCUUGGAACAUGUGGAGGGCUGUACCGUGAGGAGCAGGGUUUGGGAUACCCUUUUGCACCCUUCAACCUAACCAAUCCCUUUUCCCAAGUCCUCCAUGUAGAGUGUUCUUUUGAGCCAGAGGACAUUGCUUCAUUCAGCCCAGGGUUUAAGCCUAAGUCCAUUCUCUGCUCUGACUCUGAGAACGAAGCCUUCCAUCCGCGCAUCUACGGCAUCAAUCGAACACAGUACAGGGCCAUUCGCAUUUCCCCCCGCACUCAUUUCCGCCCCAUCUCUGCCUCAGAGCUGUCUCCCGGAGAAGUGAGUGAUUCAGAGGCUGAAACGGACAAAGAGGAGAUGAGCUAUCCCGCCUUGGCUCCAAUGGAUGUCUUUGAGGAUCCACAGGCAGACCUCAAACCUCUGGAGGAAGAUGCUGAAUGUGAGGGCCCUUAUUAUGGCAAGUCAGAACUGGAAUCUGGUAAAUUCUUACCCAGAUUAAAAAAGUCUGGCAUGGAGAAGAGUGCCCAGACCUCUUUGGAUUCCCAGGAGGGCUCCAGCACCCUCUUGCCCAUUGCUGAACAGGAGAUCUGCCCAGACUUCACCACAGCUGCUGCGACAGGAGGUGGACAUGUAGACACCUCAGUCUUGAAGAUGACUAAAGAGGAAUCUUUAGGAGAAAAACAGUCCAGCCUGUGUGCUCCAACCAGUCACAUCCCAAAAUAUGGGAUUGCUUAUGACUUUGUUGGAGAUUUGCCAGAGUUCCCUCUAUUAAAUAUAGGGGGGCAAGGAGGAACUGGCAGUCACCAGGAGGAGCGCUGGUGGCAGAACACACUCUGUUCCCAUUUUCCCUGGAUCUCAGUGUACAGGGAACAGCAACAUUUGAAAUCUCCCCUGCUACAGAAGAUGUCUGUUGCUGAGAGGGGCAUUCCUCAUUUCAAGACUGGAUCACUACCGGCAAAGGCGUAGGGUCAUCUCAGAAAGAAUAUCCUAAUAUAGGUUAAUAUUCUGAGACACUCAUUUAAAAACCUUGCUGGGCUUUCAUUUACUAAUGUAAUCCUUGUGUAAUCAACAAUCAGAUCAAAAAGUGAGUGAAAUAUAGGAAAACAAAAAAUGUGUUAUGUGUUUGAGUGAAACAUUGUGUGGGACAUGCAUUUUAAAAAAAAUAGUUUCAGUUAUUUCUUUUCUCUACACUGGUCCACCUUCAGACCUCAGUCGGCUGUAAGGGAAAAUCCUCUGUUCUGUCCUUCUCAGUUUGGUUCCCACCAUUUUUACUUUUGAACUAGGAUUUUGCUAGUUGGUUGUGUCUGAAUGGUUGUGCAUGUAUGUCCGUCCAGUUGCACUCUUCUCGUGGUGAAU